GGGCGGCUCUCGAAGGCUCGCGCCCGCGCUCCCCGCGAUCACACGCGCUCACACGCAGCCUUGCUGGCGGCAGUCGCUCCCGGGCCGCCCGUGGUCCCCGGCACCAAGGGGGCCUCCCGCGCGCACAGAGCACCCCGCGCACCCUGCGCCUUUCUUGCGCUCGGCCGCACCCCGCGGCCCCGCGGGUCCUACGGGAAGAUGGUCCACGAGCGGUGGAAGACCGUGGGCGGCGCGUCCCAACUUGAGGACCGACCGCGCGACAAACCGCAGAGACCAAGCUGCAGCUACCUGCUGUGCACAGUGCUCCUGUCCCUUGCAGUGCUGCUGGCCGUGGCUGUCACCGGGGCGGUUCUCUUCCUGAACCAUGCCCAUGCACCAGGCACGGCCCCGCCACCCAUCGUCAGCACAGGGUCUGCUGGGGCCAACAGUGCCCUCGUCACCGUGGAGAGGGCUGACAGCUCCCACCUCAGCCUCCUCAUCGACCCUCGCUGCCCUGAUCUCACCGACAGCUUCGCCCGUCUGGAGAGUGUGCAGACUUCUGUGCUGCGGGCACUGAGUGAGCACCAGGCACAGCCGAGGCUGGAUGGUGCCCCCGAGCUGCUGGACACGCUGGCUGACCAGCUGCCCCGGCUGCUGGCCCGAGCCUCUGAGCUGCAAGCUGAAUGUGCUGGGCUGCGCAAGGGACACAGCCUGCUGGGCCAGGGCCUCAGCACCCUGCAGAGUGAGCAGGGUCGCCUCAUCCAGCUUCUUUCCGAGAGCCAAGGCCACAUGGCUCACCUGGUGAACUCUGUCAGUGAUGUCCUGGAGGUUCUGCAGAGGGAGCGGGGACUGGGCCGGCCCCGUGUCAAGGCUGACCUUCAGAGGGCCCCUUCCAGAGGAGCCCGGCCCCGAGGCUGCGCUAACGGCUCUCGGCCCCGGGACUGCCUGGAUGUUCUCUUGAGUGGACAGCAGGACGAUGGUGUCUACUCCGUCUUCCCCACUCACUACCCCGCUGGAUUCCAGGUCUACUGUGAUAUGCGCACCGACGGCGGAGGCUGGACGGUGUUUCAGCGCCGGGAGGACGGCUCUGUGAAUUUCUUCCGAGGCUGGGAAGCAUACCGGGAGGGCUUUGGCAAGCUCACGGGGGAGCACUGGCUGGGGCUCAAGCGGAUCCAUGCCCUGACCACACAAGCAGCCUAUGAGCUUCAUGUGGACCUAGAAGACUUUGACAAUGGCACUGCCUAUGCCCACUAUGGGAGCUUUGGCGUGGGCUUGUUCUCUGUGGACCCUGAGGAGGAUGGGUACCCACUCACGGUGGCCGACUAUUCAGGCACUGCAGGUGACUCCCUUCUCAAGCACAGCGGCAUGAGGUUCACCACCAAGGACCGGGACAGCGACCACUCGGAGAACAACUGUGCUGCCUUCUACCGAGGGGCCUGGUGGUACCGCAACUGCCACACAUCCAACCUCAACGGCCAGUACCUGCGUGGUGCUCACGCCUCCUACGCCGACGGUGUCGAGUGGUCCUCCUGGACUGGUUGGCAGUAUUCGCUCAAGUUCUCAGAGAUGAAGAUCCGGCCGGUCCGAGAGGAACGCUAGGCUGGCAGCCUGUCCAGCCCUGGUGUCCUCUGGUUAUGUCCGGUCCCCGCACAUCUCACCCCAUGCCCGCUCCAUGCCCGCCAUUGCAAGAGCAUUCUCUGCCCUCCUGUGCAUGGCUGACCUGCUCUUCAUUAGGACCUUAGGGCCAGCCCUGACACCCCAGAGCCAGGGGCACUCCUUCACACCAGGCCUCUAUCAGCUAACAUGAUCUCCCUUCUUUCAGUGGGACUGGCACUUGGCAACCCCAAAAUUCCACCUGCCCAACUUUGGCCCUCGUGCUGUGCCUGCUGCCUCCUGGCAGGGCAGCACCCCCUCUCCGCCCACUUUCCCUGGUUUCGUGAGAACAUCAAGAGCAGGGGUCAACCAGCGUUCCAGACCCCUUCAGCAGACCCAAGUGGAAGGCUCAGGCCUUGUGAUGUCUGCCUGCCCUAGCCCCACUCCCUCUGGGCCUGGAGACCCCACCUCUUAUCAGACACCCUGAAUAGCUGGGGCUGAACAUUGCUUGGUUUUGUCUUGUGCACAAUUGGCCUUGGGCACAGUUGUCUACAAAGUUCAAGUCCUAAGACCGAGGCCAGCCCUAUAGGCCAUCCUUCCCUGGGCCUCUGCAGACCUGAGAGGUUUCUAUCCUGGCUGCUUUCAAAGCUCAUCUGCUUUUUCCGCACUGAGACGAGGUCUAUCCGGCCCCCUGCAUGACAGCCAUGGCUUCUGUCCCACUUUGCCUGCCUCUGGGGCAAGGGCAGGACUGACCCAAGCCAAUGAGAGCCUCUUGGGGUGGGACUAUGCUAGACUCUUAUGCUCUGCUAACUUCCCUGGACUGCCUCCAGUAUCCUCCCAGAAGCCCGGGGAAGCGAGCAAACCCGGGACUCAACAGGGCCUAAGGCUGCCAUCUCUGCAGAGAGGCUGCCCCCUGCUGGUGAUGAUGGGUACUGCCAUUAGGGCCUAAUGGGGCAGGAGACUAGAGCCAACAAGCAGGUUGAACACCUGGACCUGCACCCCACUACUGCCCCCUACAGGUGAUCUCCCAGGAAGGCAGGCUGCAGCCCCAGCAUUGCUUGGCAGCUGAGCAGCUUCCACGUUCUGUGGGAAGCUUUGAAAAGGCUGGAAGGUAGGAUGGCAAUGGUGACCCUCCUCUGGCAGGAGAACGGGACACCGGCAGGCAGGCAAGCAGGCAGGCAGGCAGGGACCCUUCCCUUCCACCAGACUUGGAGCAAAGCCUGAAUCCCACUGCUCAGUCCCUCAUGUUGGGCCUUGGGUCUUCUGUGAGGGUCAAAGCCAUCUUAGGUACUGGACAAGGACAGUUAUUGCUUACUUGGUCCCCAGCUGGUGACAAGAAACGUGGGUCCAGCCCAGAGUUAGCCAGAGUUCUGACAGGACAAGGGACGCACAGGGAAGUCCCUUGUCGUUCCCUCUCUGUUCCGGCAUUGAGUCUCAUCACAGAGGUGGGGCCUGGCAGACACUACCCACCACCGAGGCCGGUGCUGAUGCUGCCGCUGCUGCCAGUGCCGCUGUCAUCGCUGCUCAGAAGUGCUGAGCACUUUCUGAUGUGUCAUCAAACAAACUCCCGCGAGUGUGAUGUUAACGGACUCACAGAUGUGAGCAUGCAAAGGAGGCAUGGGUUCCUGGCCAGGGCUGGGCUGCAGAACACAGGAGCUGAAGUCCAUCCCGACGGGGGCAGCUGGUGACAUGCAUCCCUGUCUGGUCACACUGGAGACAGUAACCCUUCAGAGCCCGACCACUGCCCCGGGGAUGUCAGGCUCUCCCCCAGGCCAGGCGGGUACUUGAGGGGGUGUGGCUUUGCCAAAUUGUCUAAGUGGGCAUAAAGCCCCUCAGAGUGGGAGAGGCCAGGCCAACAGGCCUGCCUUCACCUUCCUAGUGUACACCCCCCAAAGGCAGAUGAGAUCGCUGUCCCAGACACCAGGCCACAGCCUCCAUCCCUGGUUUGAGUUCACCGGUCUGAUGUCUGUGCAAGAUGGCUGUCACCCGUGAUCAGAGUGCCCACAGGAAGCAGGAAUGCUGGGAAAACUUUUGGGGGACAAGUGAAGUCCACCGAGACACGAUAUCACCAGGCUGUGGUCACUGACACACUAGAUAAUGGUUUGACAAUGGAAUUGUCAAAUUGACCCGAGUGAGUCCCAUGAUGUCAUUUGGCCAAGCCACACUGCUUUCCUUCUGGGGCAGGGUCUUGGCAACAUGGCUGUCUCAACUGCAAACCAUCAAAACUUCUUUCCAAGCCUAAGCUGACUCCGUGGAUUCCACUGAAGGCCUCAAACCGGCUACACCCGUGUCAUGCCAAUGACACUUAGCCAGCAUGCCGCGAGUGGACAGCGCCUUGUCUCCCCCCCCCCCCCCCAAAGCCUGGGCUGGUGGAAGAUCAGGUUAGAGCCGUGUGCCUCUCCUGUGAUAUCAGUGGCUCAUGUGAGUGGGGACUAGUGUUUGCUGGUAGAAGUAGCAUCAUCGAUGCCCAUUGCUUCCCUGUCCCCUCAUCCUUGUCACCUCUUGGUUUUGCACGGGAGUCUGUGGCCAUGGUUACCACAGGUCCUUUCCCCAAGGAGCACUCCUGGGAGAGAAUAGGGCCUUGGAUGACCAGAAAGUCUGUGAGCAACAGUGUGACCUUCCAGCUCCAAUCAAGAUGGCUGGCCCUGAGGCAGGAGAUGUGGACAAGGGGCAAGAGCAAUGACCACGGCUGACCUAAUCCCGUGCUAUGAUUUGAGAGGAGUAACAUGCUGGCAGAAGACUCGUGGAGCCCAGAACUGUGCUAAACAACACGGAACCAAUGGUCUGGGGGCCUCCGAGAACCUCCGUUUCUUCAUCUGCCUUUGGGGAAGGCUCUCCGGCCCUGUGGUGGCCCCACCACUGCAGAGAUCCAUCAGUCCAGAGGCCUGGGGUCAGGCUGCUGUGGAACUGGGGUGGGGGAGGGGUCCAACCUGAGUCUAGCUGUGAUGAGCAGGGCAGGUGUUCAAGUCGGUGGGCGCAGUGGGGCCCUGGGGCUGGGGUGGAGCUCUGAGGGUCAGAGCAACACUCCAUGGGCAAAUGGAGCGGGGCCGAUGCUACUUGGGGUGAUGUGCACUUGGUGUCUUGUGUGUCCCUGUCUGCAAUAAAGUCUUGUGGUGAGCCAGCUCCAGCAGU